AUAUUAUUUGUAUGUAUUCUACAGUGAACAACCCAACACACAACCACCUGCAGAAAUUGAUUACUGCCACUGUUGCUGUUAGAACUUAGAAGAUAAAAAAGUAUUCCUGUAGAAGGGAACACAACUUCAGCCAGCAUGUCUUCCAGUUCCACAUCCAUUCCAUUCAUCAGCUCACAGGAGGCUGAGAAAGCGUUGACAUAUGCUGCUUUGAUCCCUGCAAUUGAGCAAGCUUUGGGAGAUUUCUCCAAUGGCGAGCAAGGGGGCGUGGUGCAGCCACUACGUUCUGUUUUCCCGGUUAAGAAACAGGAUGGGUACUUUUUGUCAAUGCCAGCCUACAGUGAGAAACAAAGUGGUCUGGCCUGCAAGCUACUGACGCUGUUCCCCAAGAAUGAAAACACUAAGUUCCCAGUACUCCAGGGCACCAUUGCUCUAUUUGAUCCAGACAACGGCUCCUUAAAGGCGAUCUUAGACGGAGAAGCCAUUACUGGUAUGAGAACUGCUGCAGCAUCAGCUGUUGCUACAAAGUACUUAGCCCCAGAAGGAAGCAAGAUCCUAGCCAUUCUGGGGGCGGGGCUUCAAGCUUCCACACACUUACAAGCGCUCAGGCAUGUCAUUCCAUUCUCAGAAGUCCGUGUGUGGAAUCGAACCUACGCCCGAGCCGAAGCCUUUGCAGCGAAGUACGGCUGCAUCGCCUGCAAGACUGGUGAAGAGGCAGUGAAAGAUGCUGAUGUUAUUGCCACGGUAACUGGGACAUCCACCCCUAUACUUCAGAGUGAAUGGGUCAAGGAUGGAGCACAUAUCAACUGUGUUGGUGCGCCUGUGCCAGAUCAGCAAGAACUGGAUCCUGCUCUGGUACGUCGCUCAGUCAUCUACGCAGACAGUAAGGAGGCUGCUCUCAACGAAUCAGGCGAUGUCGUCAUCUCCAAGGCUGAAGUCUUUGGUGAGAUUGGAGAAGUUGUCCUGGGAAAACUGAAAGCUAGGAGGAAUGAGACAACCAUCUUCAAAUCUUUGGGUAGUUGUCUGGGCUGCAUGAGGCAAAUUUCCUAUUCCUGUUUCGGACUGAGAAUAGAAACAGUGAAUCUUUGCUGACGACGUCAAUGUAUCCAACUUACAGUCCAAGAA